AUGAAAGGAGGAAAAUCAAAGACUGAAACCAGGAGCUCCAAGCUCUCUGUGGCAAAGAAGCCUGCAAAAGCAGCAGGUCGUGGCAAAGCGGCGGCUAAGGAUCCUAACAAACCUAAGAGACCUGCCAGUGCCUUCUUCGUUUUCAUUAUACAAUCUGAACAUGUCAUUAGUUAUUCGAGAGUAGAGGAAGGUCCAAAGGAGGAUGAGGAGGAGUCUGACAAGUCUGUGUCUGAGGUGAAUGAUGAGGAGGAUGCGGAUGAUGGUAGUGAUGAGGAGGAAGACGAUGACUAA